AUGACCACUUCAUAUUCGGAAUAUUCCAAUGAUGCGGAAAUUGCCGGCUUCUUUACGACGAAGACGUCAGCCGCUCGUUCUGCAUGCGACGCUCGAGCAAGGGAACUCGUCGGAGGCAGCGUCGUUCCUGUCGAAGUGCAAGGCGCCUGUAGCUAUUCAGUCUAUGCUGGGCCUGACCUUGAAUAUGUCGUCCAGUUCCGGCUCAAGUCCCUGAAGCUCAAGACAGAGACUACCGCACUGGCGUGCAAGAUAUACGGAGCUCUGGCGCCCGAGGUCUCAUUCGAAGGCGAGAUAGGAGAUGAGAUUGAAGGGAAAGAGCCUCUAUAUGUAUACUUGAUGCGUCGUAUACAAGGCAUCACCCACUUGGACUUCAUCUUGGCACAUGGCUUCCCCGAGAACUCGCACGAAAACUUUGCCCGGCGCAAGACUUUUAUGGCAGAUGUAGCGCGCUUCUUUGCGAUCUCGUGGAAAACCCCCCAGAAAGUCGACUCUGCGUAUCGGGACCAACUAGGCCAGACAUAUCUCAAGGAGCUACGACUUUUGCUCUCUACCUUGCCAAGUCGCUUCCAUUCCAUCAUCGAGCAUUGCAUUAGAUCGAUGGAUGAUGUUAUGUCCUUGCCAAUGGUGCUUCUCCACCAAGACUUUAGCACCUGCAACAUCAUGGUCGACGAGACGUCGUGUCAUCUGGUUGGCAUCAUUGACUGGGCAGAAGCUGAGAUCUGCCCGUUUGGCCUAAAUCUUGAGACGCUGCAAGCUUUUACAGGCAAGCUCCAUAUUCAGGACGGCUGGACACGUUUCCAAGAUUAUGCCGACUUACAGGAUACAUUUUGGGAUAUUUUCACAAAGGAGGUGGGAGGCUUGACGGAGGCCAAGAUGCAAGCUAUCAAGCUGGCUAGGGUCACGGGCUUACUGCUUUCUGAUGGCUUCACUAGGCGGCUUGCAAAUGAGACUCCUGCCGUUCCCAUUGGUGAUGAUGAGCAGGGGCGCUACAACAUGCUAUCUCUGGAUGGAUUUCUGAUCAUUCCAGCAACCAGGUUCGAGGAUCUUGACUGA